AUGAACGGCAAUACUGGGUUCUCCCACAACGCGUACAACGGGAACAUGGGCUAUGGAGGCUUUGGAGACCGGAAUUUCCGUAAGAGCACCAUUCCCAAUAUCAAUACUGGCAACAAUGAGCAUCACAUCUCAGCUUCCGAGCAGACGCCCGGAACUGCAUUUGAGAUGAACUUUACACCUCUAUUGCCUUCUCAACUUCUGCUUGGCAGUCCGUUCCAACCCGGUUCGCCUGGUGCAUUCCAGUCUCCGCAGUUCACCAAUGCCAACCGCUUUCCAUCGACGAACAACGCCCUGCAUCAACAGACGCAACAGUACCACCAUAACCAGCAGGCGCUCGGCAGCCCAACCCAGAGCAAUGCCAAUCCAAUGUCGCCAACGCUGUAUCAAGGGAUGACGUCUCCUGAUCCUUUCGCUCCUCAGUCACCCACUGGGUUUUCGCAGAUGGGUGGUGGUGCAUAUGGUUCUUACCAGCCAAUGAUGCAAAAUCCAGGCUGGAUGUCAAGUACUAGCCGCACCGUAUACUUGGGCAAUAUUCCAAGUGACACCACUGCAGAAGAGCUACUGAGCCACGUAAGAAGCGGCCAAAUUGAAUCCGUUCGCAUGCUCUCCGACAAGAACUGCGCUUUCAUCUCUUUCCUGGAUGGUAGCUCGGCAACUCAUUUUCAUUCUGAUGCGAUUUUGAAGAAGCUCAAUAUUAAGGGACAGGACAUCAAGGUCGGCUGGGGUAAGCCUUCUCAAGUACCAACCUCAGUGCAGCUCGCAGUGCAGCAAUCAGGUGCUUCGCGCAAUGUGUACCUUGGGAACCUUCCUGAAGAUGUUGGCGAGCAAGAAAUUAGGGAAGAUUUGAGCAAAUACGGAGCCAUCGACACUAUCAAGAUGGUACGAGAAAAGAACAUCGGCUUUGUGCAUUUCUUAUCCAUCAGCAAUGCCGUCAAAGCUGUCGCACAACUACCGCAAGACCCGAAAUGGCAGCCGCCUCGCCGAGUGUACUACGGCAAAGACAGAUGCGCUUAUGUGUCCAAAACCCAGCAGCAGAACGCAGCGCAGUAUCUUGGUAUCGCUCCCGGAUAUGCUCACGUCCUCAAUGGCGCUGAUCGCGAUCUCAUCUCUAAUGCGCUCGCUCAGCAGUCUGUCGCCGCGGCUGCGGUUGCGACAACGGCGGGCGGUGUCAACAAUCUAGGUAACCGAACCAUUUACUUGGGUAACAUCCAUCCCGAGACCACGAUUGAGGAGAUCUGCAAUGUUGUCCGGGGCGGCCUUUUGCACCACAUUCGAUAUAUUCCUGACAAGCACAUCUGCUUUGUCACUUUCAUCGACCCGACCUCUGCUGCCUCAUUCUACGCCUUGAGUAACUUACAGGGCCUGAUGAUUCACAACCGGAGACUCAAGAUUGGUUGGGGCAAGCACUCGGGUGCUCUGCCACCUGCGAUCGCCCUCGCUGUGAGUGGAGGCGCAUCACGCAAUGUUUACAUUGGCAAUCUAGAUGAGAACUGGAGCGAAGAGCGCCUACGCCAGGAUUUCACAGAGUACGGCGAGAUCGAAUUGGUCAACACUUUGCGGGAGAAGAGCUGUGCUUUCGUCAAUUUCACGAACAUAGCAAAUGCUAUCAAGGCCAUUGAGGGAAUGAGAGGCCGAGAUGAGUACAAGCGAUUCAAGAUCAACUUUGGCAAGGACCGCUGCGGCAACCCACCUCGACAGAACAUGAACAACGCGAACGGUCAUGCUCGGAUCCAAGGCGGCUUUGAGGGCUCCGGUUCCCCCCCUCCCAUGAACGGUUACGAGAAUGGAAUGUCGCAGUCAAGCUCCAGCCCUACCCGCCCUGCAAUUCCCACCGCACCUCGAGCGUUCCAGAAUCAGCAGCACCAGCAGCAUCAACUGCAGCAACCACGCCAGCAGCCGCCCGCUCCGACUGCCUCGAGCAUCUUGAAUGCCGGCCAGAACAACCCUCUGACAAUGUACCUCAACCAGAUGUCGCAGCAGGCGCAGGCCGAGCAAGACAUGCAUGAAGACAACAUGACCUUUGCUACUCUCCAGCAACAACAGAACCAGGCGUUGGCUACUCAGCAAGCUACUCUGUACGGUGAUAUGCCCAACGGUCACAGUGGUCUUGAGCCUAACCCAGCUCCUAUACACCACGCUCGCCACCAAAGCACCAUGAGUGGUGCGUUUGGCAAUAAUUCGGGGCUGAGUAACGGCUCCUCUACAACGGUGGGCGGUCUGCUGGCACCGACCAACACGGGCCUAGGAGCAAGCCGCAGCGCUCAUUCACGUGCUGUAUCCUUGCCAGCAUUCUCGCAGGAGCCUUUCGGUCCGUCAUCACAUCAGAGCUCCUCGUCUCGUGGCUUUGGUGGCCACGCCCCACAGGGCAGCUUCUCGGGUUUUGGGUCCGCGUUCGGCACUGGCUUUGGCACCAGCGGCUACAAUGGACUUGGACUGAGCAACGAUCGAGGUGGUCUUUCAGGUUGGGCCGAAGAGGAGAUUGGAGCCAAGUAA